UGCUCGCGACGGCUUAGGCCAGUGCAAUUGUUCGAGACUGCUCCAUCUUCGAUCUCUCGAUAUUCGGGUCCUCGAUCGAUUCCUCCACCGAUUCCUCGACUGAUCGAUCCCCCGACUGACCGAUCCCUCGAUUCGCUGUUUCCUGUUCCCACCGACUACCCUCGUGAAUCGACCUCCAAUAUGGCCUUGUUACAGGCCCGCGAGGCCCUCUCCUUCCCUCCCGGCGAUAACGUGACCGACACCGUAAUCAACAAUGUCCACUUGAACCUCACGACCCUCGAGCAUUGGAACUACACCCUCUACUCCAAUGGCUCCUUGUCCAAUGGCUCGUGGUGCCUCCUGACCUUUGAACAUUACGCGCCCUCGUACCUCCUUCCAAAUGGCACCUUUCUCAACGCGACAUGGUGCUGGGCGCCCACCGAACCCAUCGGGGUGCGCGGCGGUAUCGCUAUCGGCUACGCUGUCUUGUUUGGCAUCGCCCUGGUCAUGACCAUCGUUUGUCUCAAUAAGCAUGGCAAACUCCAUCUCCCGGCCGAGAAGCGCUUCUACCCCAUCGGGAGGAGGUGGCAGUGGUACUGGGGCUCCUUCGUGUGUGCAACUGCUAUGAUCAGUCUGCUCGUCUCUGUGGAUGUCGACCGUUAUUUUCUGCCCGAAUUACCCGUUAUCCUGACGAGUUUCUUCUGGUACAUAAUGCAAAUUGGCGCCGUUGCCAUUGUCUGGGAAGCUGUGCGUCAUUGGGGAAGUUGGAUGGAGCGACAGUUUAUCGACCCCGAUCCCUUCUCUCUGCGAGACGACGACAGGCGGUCUAGAGUCGAGUUUUAUCUGCCGCUGUUUGCUUAUCUCUUCCUCUGGCUGAACUUCUUCAUGAUCGUGCCCCGGAACUGGACGCCCAUCCAGCAUCAGCGAUACCCGCAGCAGACAAUCGACGAAGCCGCACCCACCGCGACCGACACACGCUUCAAAGCCGGCGCUUUCCUGUUGGCAGUCUGCUGGUUGAUAACUGCCUUCUCGCUGCGACACUCGAUCAAGUAUUAUUGCCCGCGCAACCGGGGCAUCUUCAACCGCAUUAUCGGUUUUGUCCGGUACACCCCGCUCCGCUUCGCCCUCAUUAUGCCCCUAGCGGCCGCUAUUAUCGCAUACCAAGGCUUGGUAGCCUUUUAUUUCGACUAUAGCCCUCUCAAAGUCGGUGGUUUGAACGCAGCCAUCUACGCAGGUGGCUACACCCCUGCGCUCCUCAUCGUCUGGAUCCAAGCCCUGUUUGGCUUCGCAAACCCCAACGAAGACCGCGAGCUACAGCGCCAGCGCCGUGUGCGUACCCAAGCCCUCAACCGCGAAAUGGGGAUUGUGAUUAAGCCGUCGUGGUGGCACCGCAUCAAUGGCGAAUAUAUGGACCCAAACGAGGGCAUGCGCGAGCGCUUGAUGCGCAACGUCCGCGAGAUUCACGGGACAAAGGCGACUGGGCCGGCCGCCGAAAACGGCCGUACUGAGGGGGCUGACGAGCCCGUCGAGAUGACACCCGUGUCCCCGCCCCCACUCGCCUCCCCCCGAGUGACCAGCCCACCGGUAGAGGCGUACAUCGGGAGAUCCGACCGGAGGCGCCAAGAGCGUACCGCGGAGCUGGCUGCCGGAUUGCUGUUUCCCGAGGCGGCACAAGGGUCUGCUGCCGCCACCGCCCGACGACGCGCCGAGUUGAUGAUGGACGGGCCGCCGCCGCCGUCAUACACAGACACGGUCGGGAGCACGCAGCCGGCUCCCAACCCCGGACCUCCAAACGUAGCGCGGAGCCUGAGUGGCCAGUCGUCGGCGUCGACCAACCAGCCACCACAGCAGAUUAGGAGUAUGCUGGAUGUCUGAGUCGGCGCAGGCAACGAGCAGCGACACACUCGAAUCGAGCAAUUUCUUACUGCUCAGUCAGUCACCUACCCACAGCCAAUGAGCCCACCCGUUCCAACCGCUUCAAGUUCGACGAGGGAAACCAGUACCGCCACCUGGCCGGUUGAUGAACCAUC